CGCGGGUCGACGAGUCGACGGGGUCGAGAGACUCACAAAGCUAGAUAGAGGUGAUUUUAAUACCACCAUACAGAAAUACAGAGAGAGAUGGCGUUCUCGUCGAUGCAAGGAUCCAUAGAUUUCGACGCCGAGAUGACACUGAGCGACAAGCUCAAAGUCUUCAAAUCCAAUAAUUUCGAUCCUCAAUCUUACUUCCACAGCAACAGCGGCACCAUGGCCGAAAAGGAUAUUAGGCAACUCUGCAUGCACCUUGACAGAUUGAAGAAGGCUUCUGCAGAAGAAAUGCGGAAAAGUGUCUAUGCCAAUUAUGCAUCUUUUAUAAGGACAUCAAGAGAGAUUUCUGAUCUUGAAGGGGAGCUUGUUUCUUUGAAAAACCUCUUAUCAUCACGAGCAAAAAUCAUCCGCGGGAUAGCUGAUGGAGUUCGGAUCGAGUCCUUGCCAGACGGAACUGAUCAUGCCAGAGAGGCUGCAGAUUUAGAAUUCGAAGACACAGAGCCUCCAAAAUAUGACAAGUGGUUGUCACAGUUUAUGGAGAAGAUUGAGGUCUUACUGGCCGAGAGAAGAAUCGAUGAAGCUUUGGCAAUGCUAGACGAAGGCGAGGUUCUAGCCGAGGAGUCUAGGGGGACUAAAUCAAUGACUACCAAAGCAAUACUGUCGCUAGAACACUCUAUCAUGGUAAACAGGCAAAAAUUAGCAGAUCAACUAGCUGAUGCAACUUGCCAGGCUUCUACCAACAGCUUCGAGCUUCGUUCAGCAGUUCAAGCAAUGAAAAAGAUCGGAGAUGGCCCUCGGGCGCAUACGUUGCUGCUUAAGUCUCACCAGCAGAAGCUGCAUAGAAAUAUGCAGUCCCUACAGCCAUCGAGCACUACAUAUGGGCCAGCAUACACUACUGCACUUGCACACCUAGUUUUCUCCACCAUUGCUCAGGCAUCAAAUGAUUCCUUGACUAUAUUUGAUGAUGAGCCAGCUUUUACUUCUGAGCUUGUGACCUGGGCAGUUAAUCAGACACUGGCUUUUGCACAGCUCAUCAAGAGGAACGUUGUGGCGACUCCAGCAGCAUCAGGGUGCCUAAGGAUUGUUGCUGAGUGCAUUCAUAUAUGCUUGGGGCACUCGUUGCUGCUAGAGGAUCGCGGAUUGGCUCUUUGGCCGACUGUUUGGAACUUCUUCAGGCCCUUCUUGGAGCAGGCCCUCACUACGACCUUAAAAAAGAUUGAUCUGUGUAUAGCUGCCCUUGCUGCUUCUGAAGAUUGGUCGCUUUGUCAUUCUCCGAUUGCUGGCCGUUCUUGGGGCAGUGCUUCGGUUAGCAUGGUCGCAUCGCACCAGAAGCUUUCGAACACUGCGCACAGGUUCCAUACAAUGAUUCAGGAGCUUUGUGAAGAUAUUGGCUCUCUUGAGAUCUUGCAUUUAUCUGAGCAAGCUCUGGAAGGCGUCCUGCAGUCAUUUAAUGCGUAUGUGAGCUUGCUCGUAAAUGCAUUGCCUAGUUCCAUGGACACUGAGAACUUGGAGGGCAGUGGAAGAAGAAUAGUUGGAGUAGCAGAAACUGAAACUCAACAGGUAGCUUUGCUGGCAAAUGCAGUGUUGCUGGCGGACGAGCUUCUCCCUCGCGCAACCAUCAAGUUAUGCUCCAGCAUGACAGGUGAUGACCCACAACAGGGGGGGUCUGACAGGAAAAACCGCCCUCCCGAGCAAAGAGAGGUGAAGAAAAGGCUCCAACGUUCAGUUGAACAACUGAGAGAUAGUUUCUGCCGCCAGCAUGCUCUGGAGCUCAUAGUCACGGAGGACGGAGGCGUUCGUUUGAGUGCCGAGAUGUAUACAAGCAUGGACGAAAGCAAGGAGGAGCCUGAAUGGUUCCCAUCUCUUGUAUAUCAGGAACUGUUUGCUAAGCUGACAAGACUAGGUAGUAUUGCAUCUGAUGCAUUUGUGGGGAGAGAAAGAUUUGCAACUAUUCUGUUGAUGAGACUCACAGAGACUGUGAUCUUAUGGUUUUCUGAGGAUCAAAACUUUUGGGAAGAAAUCGAAGGAGCGCAGAGGCCGCUUGGCCCUCUGGGUCUUCAACAGUUCUAUUUGGAUAUGGAAUUUGUGAUACUUUUUGCAUCUCAAGGGCGCUACUUAUCCCGGAAUCUGCAUCAAGUGAUGAAGAACGUUAUUGCCAGAGCUAUUGAAGUAGUUCAGGCAAACAACAUUGAUCCAUAUAGUUUCCUGCCCGGAGACGAAUGGUUUGCUGAGGUUGCUCAAAUCGCGAUAAAAAUGAUGCUAGGACAAGCCAAUUUCGAUAACCCAGACUGCAAUAUCACUAGUCCGACAGCAUCAUCUGUCCAUUCUCAUGGAAGUCAAUAGCAUCAACUCACGAUUUAGGACGAGUUUCGAUUGGUCAGGUAUUUUGGUAUUCUU